CGAUUAGGUAACCCAGCUAUAUCUCUCUCCGUCCUAUUAGACUCGCUGAGCUUCUCUUUCUCUCCAUCUACGUCUAUAUCUCCAUCUAAACACCAUACGACAUGGCAGAAUUAGCAUUUACAAAAUCCUUCCUCUCCCUACUUGAUUCCCGCCCUGUCAAGCUGCGAGCAGACCAUGUCUUUGACCCGCAGCAAGUGGGAUUGCGAGUUCCGUACAUUCUCCCCCGCCUACCACCAAGCCAUCCCUCGAUGCCUCGCAAGACAAGACAACAUGUAGUCCCUGGUAGCUCGAAAUCCAUUACAAUCCAGCUCCGAUCCACACGGAACCCAACACUGGAACUCACAGUUGCGAAUGCGCCGCUCUCUACGACAAAUCUGGAUGAUUUGAAGGAAACCGUCAGAAGCCGUGUAGUAGAUGGACAAGGCAACAAGAUCGCAGUGGAAAAGAUAAAAUUGCUCUACAAGCGGAAGCCGAUUACGGGGAAGAAAUCUGUCGGGGAUAUCCUUGCCGAUGAGCCUGAUAUGCUGAUCGGUGGGAAGGAAGUGGAGUUUGGGAUUAUGAUUAUCGGGGCAGCUGGUGCCAGGGUCGUCGAGGCAGAAGAAGAGACUGAGGAGAAGCAGAAGGGUGCAGAGGAAGCUACGAAGGCAAAGGAGAUUGAAGGUCUCUCGCUGUCCGCUGAGGAAGUCCUGAAGUCAGAGGCAUUCUGGGAGGACCUAGAAGGUUUCUUGGCUCAGAGGAUCAAGGAUGAAGAUGCAGCGAAGAUGAGAUCUUUGUUCGAGACCGCUUGGGUGAAGAGGUAGACGCGUCUCGGUGUGAUCUUCUCGUUUUCAAUCUUCUGCUGGAAUAUGAUCGAUCCUCCAUUUUUUGAUACCUAGUUCGCCAUGAAUAAUACGGUUUGGAUAACUUUUACAGACUUUAUCUUCUCCUA